AUGGAUAGUUUUAAUAGAUCUAAUAGUUAUUUAUCCAAUGCAAAUGAGGAGGUAAUUUAUAACGAUUUGGAUGAACAAAACACGGAAGAUACUCAUGACACUAUUGACAAUAAUACCGACGAGAGAAUUGUGGAAAAACGUAACCGACCCGAUUCUGAUGAAAGUAAAGAAGGUGAAGAUGAUAAUGAAGGUUUCACUACGGUAUUAAGACGAAAAAAACGUAUACAUCGCAGUUUUUCGAAGUGUAGUAACGAAAAUAAUGAGAUAGAUAUGGAUGAAGGUCUAAGCGACGAUGAUUUUUUUGAGGUAUGUCUAUUUUCUAAACAAACACUUCCUAAACAGUUUGGUAUGGCAAAAUUACUAAAAGCAGACAACAUUACAAAUAUUUUGAAAAUUAAAUAUAAAGGACCUUUUAAGUGCUUCAUAACUUUAAAAUAUAAACUAGAUGCCGAAAAAUUACUGAAGUGUCAAAAAUUAUCCGAAUUAGACGUUAGAUGUCAAUACACGUCCCAACUAGAUUUUACCUAUGGUAUAGUGAAGGAAAUAGAUUUAGACAUAGAAGAAAAAGAAAUGUUGGAAACUUUUGAAAGUAUUUACGAGAUAAGCUCUGUACGUCGAUUAAAACGACUGGAUGCGAUGGGAAAAUGGAUAGAUAGUACAGCAGUUCGUUUCUGCUUUAAAAGUAAUACCUUACCUCCACAUAUCGUUGGAUAUGGGUGCCGGUUUAAGGUAGAAAAAUACAUUUUUCCCGUAUCGCAAUGUUCAACUUGUUGGAAAUUUGGUCAUAUGAAGCGUUUUUGUCCAACUAAUAAAAUUAAAUGUGCAAAAUGUGGAGAUGAUCAUGAUAAAUGCGAUACGAAUAUUUUUUUUUGUAUUAAUUGCAAAGGUAAACAUUUGGCUAUUGACAAGAAAGCACUGUCUGUAUAUUUACAAGAGUUGUCAAGCGGCAAAGAACUACGUGUCAUAAGUACUCAAGCUAAUGUUUCAGAAGAUUCCGUAACAUAUAAACAAGAUUAUCAGAAUUCCAGUGCUGCUAAGCGCUCAUACAGUGAAGUAACGAAGAAUAUAAAUGAAAACGAAGAGACAACUUCUGUAAUACUUAAUUUACCGUCUAAGUCGAAACACAAGAAGAAAAAGGAAAAAAAGCAAAGAAAUUCUAGUAACUUAAUAGAAGAAAGAGCAGAGGAAGAACUUAGUUCAGAAGAGAAUACCUCUGACAAAGAUGAUAGUGGAAGAGAUAGAACAAAAGAACGCAAAAAUAUCUCGACAUUUUACAAAAUUUAUUAUAAAAUCAAACAAAUAAUUCUGUCAGAAUCAUCAUUUGAAAAAAAAAUCACAUUCAGUAUUAAAAUUAUCAUAGAAGAGUUUAUGCAUUGGUGUUUCAGAUAUGUUAAAGAAGGAGAGUUGUUAGAAUCAGUAAUUAAUAUUAUCAAAGGUGGAUCAUAA